GUCUUCAUUUACAAUCACAAGCUUCCCUUCCUUUACAUCUAAAUCAGCACAUCACACAUUCCUUCAUUGAUUCUUAUGCCACACCAUUUCUACCAUUGCAGACUCUCUCUCUCUCUCCCUCUUUCACCAGAGAAAAACUUCUUCCAUCUCCCUCUCUCUCUCUCUCUCUCAAGCUGACUCAAGCUGGGGAGACUGUUUUGAAGAACAUCAAUGGAGGGAAAGCAGAAGCUCCUCCAUGGGACACUUGAAGCUACCAUCUUCCACGCCACGUCUUACACGCCACGGUUCCCCUUCAGUUGUCUGUUAGCACUUGGGAAGCCCACUUAUGUGACCAUCAAAAUAGAUCAACAGAAAGUGGCAAAGACAAGCCAUGAACGCGGCCGAGUUUGGAACCAAACCUUCCAGAUCCUCUGCGCCUAUCCGAGUGAUUCAAUGAUCACCAUUACACUAAAAACAAAGUGCUCCAUCUUGGGGAAAAUCCACAUCCAGGCUCAUCAGAUCAUAAACGAAUCCAGCUUGAUCAAUGGGUGCUUCCCUCUCCAUUCAGAAAAUGGAAAACCAAUACCAAAGCUCACACUUCGGUUCUUGUUAUGGUUUAAACCCGUGGAAUUCGAACCAAGUUGGGGGAAAAUACUAGAUGAUGGUAAAUUCCAGGGGCUAAAGAAUGCCACCUUCCCGCAGCGAUCCAACUGCAGUGUCACACUUUAUCAAGAUGCCCACCAUAGCUCUUCUUUCCAUCCACCAUUUUGUAACACUGAUCAGGCUCCAAAAAAAUUGUGGGAAGAUGUGUACAAGGCCAUUGAGGGUGCACAGUAUUUGAUUUACAUUGCAGGGUGGUCUUUCAAUCCUAAGAUGGUGCUGGUCCGAGAUCCUCAAACAGAUCUUCAACAUGCUCGCGGGGUAAAGCUUGGUGAAUUGUUGAAGAGGAAAGCAGAAGAAGGUGUAGCUGUGAGAAUCAUGAUUUGGGAUGAUGAAACAUCCUUACCUAUCAUAAGAAACAAAGGGGUAAUGGGAACGAGCGACGAAGAUGCCUUUGCCUACUUCAAACACACGAAGGUUAAAUGCAGGCUCUGCCCAAGAUUGCAUCACAAGUUCCCCACACUCUUUGCUCACCAUCAAAAGACUAUAACUGUGGACACCAGAGUCCCUAGCUCUUCAAGCAGCCGAGAAAUCAUGAGUUUCAUUGGUGGGUUAGAUCUUUGUGAUGGCCGUUAUGAUACAGAAGAGCAUUCCUUGUUCCGAACACUCAAUACCCCAUUGCAUUCUCAGGAUUUCUAUCAGAUAAACCUUGCUGGAGCAAGCCUUCAUAAGGGCGGGCCGAGAGAGCCGUGGCAUGAUGUGCAUGCUAGCAUUGUUGGAGAAGCUGCAGUGGAUGUCCUUAAAAAUUUUGAGCAAAGAUGGAGUAAGCAAUGUGAUCCUUCUCUCUUAGUCCCCACCAGUCUCUUCAACCAGCCUUCUCCUGCAGGAAUUUCCUCCCAAAGGGAAUGGACAGUUCAAGUUUUUCGAUCAAUUGAUCAUGUCUCAGCAAGCCAUUUGUCAAAGAAUUUAACUGUGGAGCGAAGCAUCCACGAGGCCUAUGUUGAAGCAAUAAGGCGGGCUGAUAGGUUUAUAUACAUUGAGAACCAAUAUUUCAUUGGGGGUUGCCAUUUUUGGGAGAAAGAUAGGCAUUGUGGCUGCAGAAACUUAAUUCCAGUUGAGAUUGCCCUAAAGAUAGCAAACAAGAUCAGAGCAAAACAGAGAUUUGCAGUGUAUAUUAUAAUACCCAUGUGGCCAGAAGGAGUACCUGACAGUGAACCAGUCCAGGAUAUACUCCACUGGACUAGAGAAACAAUGGCAAUGAUGUAUAGGCUGAUUGGAGAAGCCAUACAAGCAAGCGGCCAGUCAGGGCACCCAGGAGACUACUUGAACUUCUUCUGCCUUGCGAACCGGGAAGUGAAGAACAAAGGAGACUUUGUUCCUCCAUGCUCUCCUCAUACUACCACACAAUACUGGAAUGCCCAAAUGCAUAGAAGGUUCAUGGUUUACGUCCAUUCCAAGCUCAUGAUAGUGGACGACACCUACAUGUUGAUAGGCUCUGCGAAUGUGAACCAGAGAUCAAUGGAUGGCCAAAGGGACACCGAGAUUGCAAUAGGAUGCUACCAGCAGCAGCAUAAAAAUGGGGAGAAUGGAAUCAGCCAAGGCGAUAUUCAUGCUUAUCGAUUGUCAUUAUGGUACGAGCAUAGUGGCCGAGCAGAAGAAGCAUUCCAGGAGCCUCAAAACUUGCAAUGUGUGGAGAGAGUCCGUUCCAUAGCUGAGGAAAUGUGGAGAAGAUACACUGGAGAAGAAGUGGUCGACAUGGAAGGCGCUCACCUAGUGACUUACCCUGUGAGUGUGACAAGGGAUGGUUCUGUUGAGGAUCUUGUGGAUGGUGGCAGUUGCUUCCCUGACACCAAAACUCCGGUGAAGGGGAAGAGAUCCAGAGUUCUACCACCAAUUUUCACCACAUAACAGUCGCGAAGGUAAGUCACAAGUAUUUCUUGCAAGGAAAAAUAUGGAUGAAUGACAUAAGAGAGGUGCAAUGCCACUGAUUGCACAUCUUAUGUGAAUGACUAUUUCUCACAAGUCUUGCAUGUUGUCAAACAAGAUGGAAUCGACAGUGCAACUAGAUAAAAAAAGGAUAAAAAAGAUAUUGGCAUUUUAGGUUGAUUGGUUAUCAUUUUCAAAAUAUUUAUAAAAGAGUUGUACAUUGUGAAUGAAGAAUUCUUAUGAAAUUUUUACAUUUUUCAAUGUGACUUUUUAUUAAGACUUGUUAAUUCCUACACUAGAAAGUAUUUUUUUUAAUUAAAUAUUGGAACCCAAAAUAUAGUAUAUUAAAAGUCAAAAGAAAGAAUUUGGAACAAAGAUUAGAAUAUGGAUAGCAUAUCUCUUAGUAAUAUUAGAAUAUUUAAUGUAAAUACGAUUGAUAAUCGGCCCCCAAAAAUUUUAAUAAUAACUUAGAAAUUUGGUAUCAUGCAUGUAAGAAGACUACCAACUGUUAACUAACUAUAUGUCUUUUCAUUAAAAGUACUUUUAUAUUUUGACAAUUCAAAUAUGGGAUAAUUAUCAUAUCCAACUUAGUCUAGUACAAUUAAGUUCAACCGAGUCGUAUAAAUUGUAGUUACUUAAAUAAACGCACAAUAACUCCACAUAAAUAUAAUGUGGCUCAAGAAAUAAAAAAUUAAUGAAAAAGCAAAUCUAAUACUAUUAAGUUCAACUCAGUCAUAUAAACCUUAGUUACUGAAACGCACAAUAAUUCCACAUAAAUAUAAUGUGGUCGAAGAAAUAAAAAAUUAAUGAAAACGCAAUAUUACAAAUCCUCUCAAAUUCUCCCCCUUUCCAAAAAUAAAAAACCCAAUCUAUAUGCACAUGUACUAUCCCAUCUUGUAUAUAAAGUAGGUCGACACAAGUCAUUUCCAAGCUACUUGAUGCUCAAUUGUUUGAACUCCAUCACCAAGAGUUCAAGAUAAAUGAGACAUACUCAAGUUUAGAGUUGAAGUUCAAAAAUAAAACUAGUCAAGAUUAUACUUGCUAAGUCUGCAAAUUAGCUCAAUUCACUAGUUUGCAAGUUAACAUGUUUAUUUACUCAAGAAUUGACUUGUUUUAUAGGUUUAUGAACUAAUUUAUUAAGUUCAAAAACGAUUUAAUUAUCUAUUAAAAGUUGUGAUUUUUUUUAUAACAUAUUAAAAUUUGAUUAUUUUUAUGAAAUUUUUUAGGUUCAUUAGACAUUGAAUAUAUAAAUUGGGCUUAAAAUACACGACGGUGACUCAUUUCCCUCAUACUUGUUUCCAUCCUUAACGAGUGGUGGACCGGCGGUGACUCAUUUCCCUCAUACUUGUUUCGAUCCCUCCCAAGAUUCAAUCAAGUCUUUUAUUUAUGGGUAAAAAGAAACUAACCUAUCCCUAACAUUUGAAAAACAUAUAGGAACCUCUUAAAAAAUUUUAAAAUUUCGCGUACCUCUUCCAAAGUUUGACGAAAAGAUAGACAUCCUUUGGAGUUCUAAAAAUUUAACAAGCACCUCUUAACACUUGAUCACAUUUGAUUUUUGAGACACUUAUAUCCUCCACUUGAACUAGUCAGCAAAUUUAUGAAAUGGUGGGCAUCCCAAAAUCAUAUCUUAAUGUUAAUACGUAGAAUUUUUGAAAUCUUAGAAUAAGUUGAUAUUUUUUUUUUAUUUUUUGCCAACCUUUGGAAAAUUUGCAUAUUUUUAUAAAAUUUCAAGAGAGAUCAAAAGACAUCAUUAAGCAACUCAAUUCUUCUAAAUUUUGUUACUAAAUAAUGAAAAUUUGAACAAAAUUAAACUUGACGCAUUUAAACCCCUUUUAAUAAUGAGCAAAAACAUGAACACUACUAAUCUAAACUCAUACUUAAUUUUUUCUAGAAUUCAUUUACUAAAAAAUUAAGCUAGGGCAUGCUGAACUGCAGGAUUUCAAACUUAAUGACGUUGCAAGCAUUAAAUCCAUCAAGUACUAAAACAUAUAUGUAUUGAUGGCUUGAUUUGGACUAAGCAUCCACAACCCACUUUGGAGAGAGAUCUUGGAUUUAACUCAUAUUAGAUUUAAGUAAGAUGUGAUAAAAUUGUAUUAAAAUUUAUCUAAAUUCAGCCAAAUCCAAAUUUAAGAUUUGAAAUUCAUGUUCUCAAACACUAACAAUCAUUUUCUCAAUAAAGGUACAAUAUAAGACUUGAUGAAGGGAACAUCCUUACGCUGCAUUUGGGAGUAUGAAUCUCAAACCUUAAAUUUAAAUUUGGAUGCAUUUAAACAAAUUUCAGUACAAUUUAUAUUACAUCUUAUCCAAAUUCAUUUGGAAGUAUGAAUCUCAAACCUUAAAUUUGAAUUCGGAUGCAUUUAAACAAAUUUCAGUACAAUUUAUAUUACAUCUUAUCCAAAUUCAAUACAAUUCCAAAUUAAGUCUUCUCCAAACAUUAGGUUAAUACAAUUAUAUGGUAUAAAACUAACCAAUCCCUCCCAAACUAAGAGUGACUGCGCAACUAAAAUAACCCCAUUUUUUGUAAUAUUAUUUCGUUUUGAAUGGCCAAUCCAUCUUUCUUUAAAAGGACCAUUUCCAAUUCAAUUAACUAACAAUCAAUUAAAACAAAUGCUUCAACUGGUCACAACAAAUGCAACCCAAUUACAUGCUUGUACUACCCAAGCAAAUAUAAAAACAACCGAGGCACAAAUAGCUACCAUAGCAAGGUGUCACGAGCUAAGCUUGCUCAGGGCAUUAUGCUUGUCUGUGACCGCUUAUCUCGUGUGCUUGAGAUGGGUUUCCAUCAUGUAAAUACUAGUGCAGGGUUAUUUUUUGCUAGUAGUGUCUUUGUAUGCCAAAUAAGACAGUACGACUCCUCAGUCACUUUGAUGUUUCCUAGUGCUAGGGUGGGAAUAACCUAGAAAGCUCUUUAGGGGAGGGUGAGUGUUCAUCAGUCAUUGUAAAACUCACUAGCUAUUGUCAAUGUGUUUAGCCUACUUGCCUCCCUCGCUAAGCACACAACGUCAACGGAGGUGUUGUUAAUGAAUUACAUUUGCUUCAAUGUUUACUACUUGCUUGCCACGACUUUCAUGAAUGCUUACUGUUUCCGCUACCAUUUGAUUGAAUGCUAAUGAAAGUGUUUCGUGGAUGAAUGUUGGUAAACGAUAGGCUGACUAGUUAAACAAGAGUGCUUUAGGUAGCGCUGCACGGCCCUUCACAAGGGUGUGAAAAUAGUCAGACUGUGACACUUGGUAUCAGAGCCCAAGGUUGAGUUGCUAUGUGAAUUCGAUUGCCUUCAUUGUGGGAUUUGGAAAGCUUUGGUAAGUGACCAUGGCACCAAACAAUGCUGAGAGGAUCAGCGUGCUGGAAGCACAGGUUGAGGCAGCAACCAAUACUGUGGCCGCGGAGGUGGCCCAGAUGAGAGAACUUGUUGAUGAAGUGAUGGGAUCACAAUAGCAUCAAGCAAGUUUGCUAGGUGAGAUGUUAGAGGACUUUUGUUAUACAGUUGAAACUUUGCAGUCGUGGAUGGCUGAUCUGGAUGCAAAGGUUAAUCUGAUAGUUCUUGCUAUGGGGAACUCCAACACUCCAGGAGUUAGCAAAACCAAAGUGCCAGAACCCAAGACAUAUGGGGGUACUCGAGAUGCCAAGGAGUUAGAGAACUUCUUGUUUGAUGUGGAGCAGUACUUUCGCCCUGUGAAGAUGGCCUCAGAAUAGAAAAAGGUGGAUAGUGCGACCAUGUACUUGGUUGGUGAUGCCAAACUUUGGUAGCAUACCAAGUACCAAGAGUUUGAAACUGGACACUGUGUAAUCGAUAGUUGGGUAGACUUGAAGAGAGAGCUCAAGGCCCAAUUCUUUCCUGAAAAUCUUGAGUAUAAUGCAAUGAGAAAACUGAGAGAUCUCAAACAUAUAGGGUUGAUCAGGGAAUAUGUAAAACAAUUUUCUGCUUUAAUGUUGGAUAUUCGGGAUAUGUCGGAGAAGGACAAAUUGUUCUAUUUUCUUGAGGGGAUGAAACCAUGUGCAAGAACAGAACUUCAUAGGUUCAAGACUUGUCAACUGCACAAGCUACUACAGAACGUUUGACUGACUGCGCUGGUGAUGAUACCACUUUGUCCAAACGGUUUGGCAGAAAGGGAAACAAUGGAAAGUCUUUCAAGAAAGGCAAACCCAAAAGUGCGGGAGCCAACUAUAAAGCAUCAACCUCAAAAGAAGCUUCGUCUUCUCGAGGGUUCAACACACCCAAGGGAAUGGGUAAACUUGAGUGUUACUUGUGUCGAGGCCCUCAUAGAGUUUUUGAGUGCCCUCACAAAGCAACAUUUAAUGCUUUACAAGCUUCCAUUGCAGAAGAGGCAGUGGAAGACGAUGGGGAAGAGGAUGAGACCCCAAGGACAGGUGAGUGCAUUGGAAAAGCAGGCUAAAGCCCCAAAUGUUACACGAGCCAAAGGGCUAAUGUUUGUGGACUUGAGAAUCAAUGGGAAAAGUACUCGUGCUAUGGUGGAUAUUGAGGCUACCCAUAACUUUGUUUCACAACCGAAAGCUUGGAGACUUAACUUAUCCUUAGAGAAGGAUAUAGGACGCAUGAAAGCAAUUAAUUCAACCUAGCCUACUCUGAGAGUAGCCAAGCAAGUUACUGUGAAGCUUGGGCAGUGGGAAGGUCAUGUGAAUUUCAUAGCAAUGUCAUUGGAUGACUUUCCAGCCAUUUUGGGAAUAGAGUUCCUAAGGGGAACGAAGGCAGUGCUGAUGCCUUCGGCUAGUUCCCUAUGUCUGAUGGGAGAUCACUUGUGCAUGGUGCAAGUUGUUGCAACGAAAGGAGAUGAUGGGAAGUUCCUUUCAGCCAUGCAACUCAAUGAGGGAUUGGGUCAGGGUGAGCAGACACGUCUAGCCACGGUGGUGGUAGACAAAGAAGUAGGCUAAGAGCUGGAGCUUACGACCAUCCAAGCGGUUUUGGAUGAGGAUAAGAAGGUGUUGCUGGAUAAGUUGCCUCAAAAUUUGCCUUCACGACGGACUGUGGAGCAAGAGAUCGAGUUGUUAUUAGGAGUAAAAUCACCUGCUAAAGGGCCAUGUCGGAUGGCGUCUCGAGAGAUAGUAGAGUUGGGGAAACAACUUGAUGAAUUGGAAGCGGGAUGUGUUCGCCCUUCCAAAGCACCAUUGGGAGUAUCGGUGUUGUUUCAAAGGAAACAUGAAGAGCAUCUACGGAAGGUAUUCGACAGGCUAAGGGAAAACAGUCUGGAUGUGAAGAAAGAGAAGUGCUCUUUCGCUCAGCAGAGCAACAAAUUCCUUGGUCAUGUGGUUGAACAAGGUCGUGUCCGGAGGGGUAUGGAGAAGGAUGAUUCAAGAAUGGAAGAUCCCCACGACAGUGAAGAAGUUACGUUCCUUUCUUAGCCUUACUAGAUUUUGUAGGAAAUUCGUUGAGGGGUAUUCGAGGAGAAUGACUCCAAUGACAGAACUACGAGGGCGGUAUUGUUGGCCACAUACGCGGGAUGAUGUGGUUGAUUAUACCAAAACUUGUCUCACUUGCCAACAAGAUAAGGGGGAGCGGAAGUAUAGUACUUUCAUGGCCGCACCAAAGUACUGUUUGGCAGAGGAGACAACACAAUUGUUCCUUACAACUAUUGUGAGAUAUUGGGGUUUUCCCCAAAUUAUUGUUUGUGACCAAAAUUUAAUAUUCACUGACAACUUCUUGAUAGAAUUUUUCAGGAUAUUCAGGUCACAUCUUGACAUCUCUUCAAGUUAUCACCGACAAAUUGACAGACAGAUGAAGAGAUUCAGAGAGCUGCUAGAUGAGUACUUGUGCCAUUUUGUCAACGACAACUAGAAGAAUGGCAUGCAACUACUUGAUAUGGUUCCGUUCUGUGGCAAUGUCCAAAAGGAGCUCAACAACCAACAAGAGCACUUUUGAGCUUGUUACAGGCCAGUUGCCGCUGUUACCUCACACAGUGGGCGAGCUGUACAGACAAAAGAGUCUCAGGGCGUACAUCUUCACCAGAGAAUGGAGACAAAAUACAGAAUUUGCCCGAGCCUAUUUGGAGAAAGCUUCUAAGCAAAUGAAGAAGUGAGCAGAUCAGGGGAGAAGACUGUAGUUUCUUGUCAACUGCCUCAAGCCAUUCAACGCCAACACCAUUGACCUGAGCAGAAGUUAGUUCAAUAAAAUAGAGUCGAAGACAGCGCAACCAAACAGACGUAAAGUUGAAGAGAUUCUUGCAGAUAGAAAGUUCAUAUCCUCAAAGAAGAAGUGGCAAAAGUUCCUAGUGAAGUGGAAAUGCCUCGAUGACAAAGAAAUCAAUUGGAUUUCUACGAAAGAUAUGCAACCGUUCGUGGACAAACUUGAAGUGUACCUACCGCCAAAAGUCUACAAGGACGUCGACCGCACAAGUGAGGGAGAAUGUCACAAACUAAACUUGUUCAAGGCAUUAUGCUUGCCUUUGACCGCUUAUCUUAUGUGCUUAGGAUGAGUUUCCAUCAUGUAAAUACUAGUGUAGGUUAUUUUCUGCUAGUAGUCUUUGUAUGCCAAAUAAAACAGUAUGACUCCUCAGUCACUUUGAUGUUUCCUAGAACUAGGGUGAAAAUGACUUAGAAAGCUUUUUAGGGGAGAAUGAAUGUUCAUCAAUCAUUGUAAAACUCACUAACUAUUGUUAACGUGUUUAGCCUACUUGCCUCCCUCGCUAAGCACACAAUGUCAACGAAGGUGUUAAUGAAUUACAUUUGCUUCAAUGUUUACUACUUGCCACGACUUUCAUGAAAGUUUACUAUUUUCGCUACCAUUUGAUUGAAUGCUAAUGAAAGUGUUUUGUCGAUGAAUGUUACUAACAAUAGGUUGACCAGUUAAACAAGAAUGUUUUAGCUAGCGCCGCACGACCCUUCACAAGGGUGUGAAAAAAAUAGUCAGACCGUUACACAAGGCAAGGCAAGGCACACCUUUGUACACGCUUAAUUGUAAAAAAAUAUUUACAAAGAUAGUUAUUACAUUUUUUAACAUUUAAUUAAAAUAAAUAACCAGUAAAAUAUUGUCAUAUUGUUUGAUUGGGAAGGUAGUAAUAUGUUUCAAUUUUAAAUGUCCAUUCGCAAAAAUCACCUAGUUUCCAAUUUUUUAAUUCAUUUAAAAAAAUUAAAAGCAUUAGCAAAACCCCUUUGUAAUUAUCUUUAAAUCUAAAAAAUAAUAAUAACAAAGCACUUUUUUUAAAUAAAAAUUACAUUUUUAUUACAAAUCUGAAAAAUUUGAAAAUAAACUAAAAUCUAUAUAAUUAUUUAAAAAUUCAAAUGUGAAAAAUAAAAACAUUUUCCAUGGCAAUACAGGCCUUAAAUGUUGUAACGGAUGGCCUCUAAUGCUUAAGGCUUGAACCAGUGCCUCAUUGGUUAGAACAAAUGGUCAGUCACUAUUUCUAAUUCAAAAGAUAACACGAACUGCCAAGUCCCCAUAGCUGUGCAGGUGCUCAGGCAUCUAACAAGCAAUUUUCCUGUGUGGGGACUAGCUUAAGGCUAAAAAUUCUAGUGUCCCCUUAGCAGCGACAAGCUCAAACAGAGCUUAAACCAUGAAGCUCUGAAAAUACGACGAAAGCAAAGCAGAAGACACCAACCAGAGAAUCCAGUCUUGGGAAAAUCAUAUAUUCAUCCUUUAAAAGCGAUUCUGGGCAGUGCUCUGCGGGCUUCACGGUUUCAUGCAGGGCUAAAGAUGGGAACAAAGCAACUUGCCCUGUGAUAUCCCUCUGGAAGUGUAUCUUUUAUCUGAGACAAAUAUGCCUUGGUCAUUCCUUCAGAGCUCAGAUGGAAAGACCAUUAAUGAAACCUAAAAAAUUUGAAGGGAGGAAGCAACUAGGGAUGUAGGCAGCUAGUGAGAAAACAUAGCUGGAACCCACACUUCUCGAUCCAUAUCAAUCACACCUGACAAUCGAGUGGUAACAAAUCAAGGGCAACAAGCCUUUGAAUCCAAGGCACUAAAAAUGACCAACAUGUGGAAUGCUUGAAAUGCCAAAUUCUGAUGUUGAUAUGCAAUAUUUCAAAUAACUCCACUGAAUGCCACCCAUAAUUCUCCAAGGGGACAGAAUUGAAUCCCGACUUCAACCUAGGACAACAAUCCAGGAUGUUUUCUGCACCCAUCAGUCAUGAAAACUACCUGUAAAUAAUUAUCAUAAUUUUUUCGUCCUCUGCCUCUGUGCUCUGUGUCAUUUUUCCAAUCCCAAAUUCAUUUUGGCAGGCUCAG